GGGGCUGCGCGCGCGCCUGGCCGGCUCCACCUGGGCGCGCCCGGGGCCUCCGCAGGCUCUCCAGAAGAAAUCCGUAAAAAUACUCAUUAAAAUCAAGUUACCAUCUUGCAUUGGCAGAAAACUCCCCCACAAAUAGUAUAUUUGAAGAAAGGAUGCUGCUGAAGAAGUGAAAGAAGUCACAGGGAACAGUUAGAAAGGAUUUUUUAAAAAUGUCCUAUUCAGAACUACCUGAAAACCAAGAAAAUCCUGUAACAACACAUUUAUCUUCUGAAAAAGAAAAGGAUAAAAGUACUACUGACUUAGAACAACAAAACCUUGAGGAAAAUCUUGAAAAUGAUGUUGAAAAAGAGAUCCCAUCACAGCUAGAAAAUCAUUCUUAUAGUUCAUCAAUUCAAAGAACUUCUGAUUUAAAUGAAAACUAUAACCUUCCAGAGAUUGAAGGAGAUAUUGACAAAUUACAGGAAGCAGUAGUUGAAGAAUUGAUAAUUCAUAAAUCAGAAGAAGUGGUAGGCUUCCCACCAGAAGAAGUAGCAAGGCUGAGGAGUGAUGAUUUUGGUGAAGAUAAAAAAGAAGAAAAGGAGGAAGAAGAGGAAAAGGAGGAAGAGGAGGAGGAGGAGGAGGAGGAAAAAGGGGAGGAGGAAAAGGAAGAAGAGGGAAAUGAGGAGGAGGAGGAGUUGGAGGAGUUAGAGGAGGAGGAAGAGGAAACAAUAAUAGAGGUUAUUCCACAAAUUUCUGAAGACUAUACUAAAAAAAGUUUACAAUUUGAGAGCUACACAGAAAAUGAAAACUUCAGGGUUAGGCUGAUCUCCAAGAAUUUGCAGAAAUUCCCCAAAGGCCUUUUUAAAACUCAGGAUGUAAAAUAUCUCUAUUUAGAUAAAAACAAAAUAAAAACUUUUGAAGUAGAGCCAAAUAUGGCAAGUCUUGAAUUACUGUCCAUGAAAGAAAAUGAAUUGAUAGCACUACCACCUGAAAUUAAAUUGCUUUCUAAUCUAUGUGUGUUAAAUGUCUGCCAUAAUCACAUAGCCUCCCUCCCAACAGAAAUAUCACAGCUUGUUUGGUUGAGGCAACUUUUCUUGGAUAAUAAUAAAUUUUUGGAAUUUCCUACAAUAUUAGGAAGUCUUGAAAAGUUGGAAACAUUAAGCUUGUCUGGAAAUGGCUUAAAACGUCUACCAGAAAUGAUGGCCAAUAUGAAAAAUUUAAUGGUCCUCGAUCUCAACUCAAAUCAAUUUUCAAUAUUUCCUAACAUCGUUUGCUACCUUACAAAGUUGAUUAAACUGAGUGUCUCAAAAAAUCUCAUAAGCAGUUUGCCAAAAGAAAUCAAACAGCUAAAAAAUUUGGAAGAACUUUUCUUGAACCACAAUAAACUGACAUUUUUACCUGUGCAAAUAUUCCGGCUGCUGAAAUUAAAAAGGCUCCAUCUGCUUGACAAUAAAUUGGAAUCUCUUUCCCACAACAUUGAGAAUUUCAAAGAGCUCAAGGUCCUUCAACUUGACAAAAAUUUAUUGAAACAACUAAAUAAGGAAAUUUACUCCUGUGCUAAACUAGAAUGUCUUAGCCUUAGUGACAAUGCCUUAGAAAUAAUUCCUGGUAACAUUCACAGACUCCGCAAUCUAAGAGCACUCUACAUCAACCGUAAUAAAAUCAUGGCUAUUAAUGUGAACAUCUCCCAUAUGAAAUAUCUUAAGGUGUUAGAAUUUUCUGGAAAUGCAAUCAAAGGCAUUCCGAUUGAAAUUAAAAAUUGCAAUCAGAUAAGGAAAAUGGACUUGAGCUUUAAUAAAAUACAGGAUUUCCCAGUAGGCCUUUGUGCUCUGAGCUUUCUUGAAUAUUUGAACCUUAAUGGAAAUGACCUUUCAGAAAUACCUCUCGACCUCUCAUUUAGUAGACAACUGAUCCAUUUAGAAUUAAGUCAAAACAAUCUUUCCUUCUUUUCUGACUACAUAUGUAGACUUUUUAACCUUGAUUACUUAAAUCUUAGUAAGAACAAAAUAUCUCAAGUUCCACCAUCUAUCUCCAAUAUGACUUCUCUUCGGGUGCUUAUUUUAAAUGGCAAUAAUUUUGAAAUUUUCCCCAAAGAACUGUGCACAUUAGAAAACCUACAGAUACUUGAUCUUUCUGAAAACCAAAUACAGUAUGUCCCUUCUGAAAUCAGGAAUCUACAAGCCAUCCAAAACUUGGACUUCUCAAGCAACAGAUUUGGAUCUUUUCCAAUUGAAUUGUGCCAUCUCUCUACCCUGAAGGAAUUGCAGUUAUGCCAAAAGAAUGGAAGUAAGUUAACCCAAGUUCCAGAUGAACUGUCUAAUUUGACUCAGCUUGAAAUCCUUGAUAUUUCACAUAAUACUAUAAAAGAACUUCCAAAGAAUAUUGGAGAAUUAAAAAAUUUGGUCACUUUCAAAGCCAAUAACAACUUGAUAGGUCUUCUUCCAUUAUCUUUUGAAUCUUUAAACAAGCUCCAGCAUCUGAACAUGAGUGGAAAUCGUCUGACAACAUUGCCUAAUAGUCUCAAUAAUCUUUCUUCACUGAGGGAAAUAAAUUUUGAUGAGAAUCCUUUGGUUAAGCCUCCAGCUGAAAUCUGUAAAGGGAAGGUACUAAAUGUCAUUGGACAUUAUCUCCAGAAAGCCGAGGACAGAGACGAGAAAAUCUUGCAGAAAUUGUUCAGGAUAGUUUCUCGAAAUCUCCCUAAAACGUACUUUGAGUUUUUCUGCCAAAAGCUACAAAUGAAGAAGCCAGUGAUUGACGUUCUGAUGAAGAAGAUUAAUACUAAAUUGGAAGAAGCCAUUCUUGAAGCACUCAACAUAUGGAGGGUAGAAAAAGAUCCACCUCUACAUCCUGUUGUAUUGCGAGACCAGCUUAUAAGAAUAAUAACUAUUACAGGGGUACAAGAACUGGUUGAUAAAGUCUCAGCUCUAAAGCUUUGUACCAAGUUAUUCAAAUUCUAAGUAUAUAUAGAAAUAAAAUGAAAGCUUAUGAAACAUUUGUGUCACUGGGUCUA